AUGCUUUCUGCCUACCAGUAUGUCAUGCAACGUAUUAUUACUAGCGAUGAAUAUUGGGUCUAUGCUUACGACCAGGAAACAGACCAUCAAUCGGCCGAAUAUCGUGGCGAAGUUGCGCCGAAAACGAAAAAAACACGGCAGAGUAAGUCAAAAAUCAAGAUUAUAUUGACAGUUUUCUUAGAUUAUCGAGGUGUAGUGCACUCCGCACUCCUACCGAUCGUCCAAACUGUCAACAAGGAAUACUAUUUGAGUGUUAUACGUCAUUUGCUUGAAACUAUUCGUAAAAAGAAGCCGGAAUUAGGUACCGAGAACUUUUGGUUUUUGCCCCACGAUAAUGCACCGUCACAUAUUGCAUUGUUUCUUCAUGAGUUGUCCUCAAAAUUUUCAACCAAUAUCGUGCCACAACCACCUUCUUAUUAA